CCAGUUUAAAGUCAGUUUGUCGUUGAAAGUCAGUUGUAGUCGUGGGCCAGGGACAGUGCGUCCUGUAGCCGCUGGUGCUGCCGCCAUGGACAGGCUCAACGACCACGCGGUGAGAAAAGCCAACAGAAGUGGUGGACGAGGGUCUGGUGGCUUUGCUGGAGGAUGUGGCGGUGGAAGCAGCAGCAGUAGCAACACCAGCAGCAAAAGCAGCAGCAGCAGCUCCGUUGCUAACGGUGGCGCCCCCAGCCUCAGCGGAAGUCACCACAUUGUCGGCCUUGCCAUGACCAGCAGAAGCAGUGCCAGCAACAGUUGCAACGGCCGCAUGGUGCUACUGAUGGGUGGAGGGAGCAGAGGGGUUGCUAUGGUGACGGAGGACAAUAUCGGUGCUGUGAACUUGUCGAUGACAUCCGCCUCUUCGUGCGGAGCCUUGACAGUAGCGUCGUCAUCAUCAUCGUCGUCAUCAUCAUCAGGAACAACAACAGCGACUCCGGCAACAGCAGGUCCCUUGACCCUGACGUCUUCACAGCCAUUGGUGUCUUCCUCUUCGUUGAUGGCUUGCGACCUGCCGACCACCCUAGCUCUUAGCCGGCUUUCAUCGCCCUUGUCAUCAACACCAUCGGCGUCGGCGACGACGACCCCCCCAUUGCUGUCGUCAGCGAUGUCGUCGGUCAUGUCGUUGCGAGCAGGUCCAUUGUCACCUCGAGAACUGAAACCCGUGCGCGCUAGCGCCUCUCCCAAGCGGAUGUACAUCGAUAACACGGACGAUGAGGACACAGACGAUCAUUAUCACAACUGCGAAGAUGAGGACGAUGAUGACUCGCGCGCACGGUGUGAGCACAGCCCCCGGGUGGGGCCCUCAGGGGCCCAAGGAGGGACGGACAGUGGCGACGAUGAGAGUCGGGAGGCUCGGGUGCGAGAGAGACUGUCACCACAACCACCCUCGGGUGGCCGCGACGGCGCUCCGGACGAAGGUCGGGUGGACGGGUCGCCUGGACUCCCUAAAGUCCAACCCACGCCUUUCAGUGUUGUGGACAUUCUCAGCCCGUCCAAGUUUACUGGAGGUGGCGCCAGCAGGAACCGGGUAUGGCACCCGUGGGGAGAUCGACCAUCUCCGGGCGCUAUCAGAUCGGGGGACUCUGAUUCUGGUGGCCUUCGAGACGACGAAGACUCCCUGUCCUCUUCUCACGAUAACUUCGAUGACGAUGUCGACGAUAUGUCGGACGACAAGAAAGAAGGCGAUGAAAAGGACAAGAAAAGGAAAGACAGACUCGGGGGCGGUGGUGGCGGUGGCGGUGGAGGAGGGUCGGGGACGGACAAGCAAGGCAAACCGCGGAGAGCACGCACGGCCUUCACCUACGAGCAGCUGGUGGCCCUGGAGAACAAGUUCAAGACCACCAGGUACCUGUCCGUGUGCGAGAGACUCAACCUGGCGCUGUCACUCAACCUCACCGAGACCCAGGUGAAGAUCUGGUUCCAGAACCGACGCACCAAGUGGAAGAAGCAGAACCCGGGGCUGGACGUCAACAGCCCCACAGUGCCCCCAACCCCGGGGUCGCUGAGUACAUUCUCCUCCCCCUACGCUGCAGGGAUGCUGUACGGUCAGGCCCUGCAUCCCUACCUCCACAACCCCACCUUGCUGGGUCCCCUCGGACUGCUGAGGGCGCACAGCAGUUACCAUGGCAGCGCGGCUGCUCACUCGGUGUACUAUCCCUACUUCAGUCAAACCACGUGACAGAAAAAAUGAAAACAAUCUUGUCCAACUUGAUUGGUCGCUGGAGCAAAUUUCUUUUGAAGAAACGUGUUACGAGUAAACACUACUGUUUGGUGGCUCUUGCGAGAGGAUUUUUUUUUUUUUUUUUGAAAGUGGUGUCCGAGCUUCAGACUCCUAAAUCCAACCAGCGAGACUUUUGUGACUUUACAGAACCAAGAGACUCUUCCCACGUUAAAUGACUUACAUGAAAUUUGAAGAUUAACCAUGAAUGUUUGAUGCUCGUAAAGAAUUUUGUUUAAACUAUUGUUUAUAAUCAAGACAGAGAAUAUUGCUGGGCUUGGUGAUGGUGGGCAAAAAAAAAAAAAGACUUAAAAAGAAGUUGCAUCUUCUUUCGACUUCCACUCCCUUGUUUAUCGACGGAAAUUUAAAAAGAAAUAAAUACUUAUUAUAGCGAAUGGAUAAACAUUUGGUGUUGCAAGAUUUAGCUUCAAUGUCAUCUAUAAAAGGCUGACAAAAAAAUGAAUCAUCGUAUUUUUCUUUCUCUUUUCUUUCUUACAUUCUAUCGCUGUUUUGUUCCAUCUUCCUAUCUUUUAUUCAUUCCUCCAUUCUGCACUUUACUUGACCUUUUAAUCGCUUCCCCAUGAUUUUCAUGUGAAUACUUAUCGGUCGUUUAGAGAAGUCUUAACCGACCCGCCCUCUGUGCCCUUCCCUCUGCACUCUUUCUCUCUUCUUCUUUCCGGAAAAGAUAUUUUCCAAACCCUUACGCCUCUAGAUAAAAAUCACAGAGCACACUUUUCUAGAGAAAACAGCCCUAUACAUUAGAUGGAACACAAGCACUCCUUCAAAAGGCGAGGAAAGCAAGGGUGAGGAUGAGUUCCUGUGUGGAGUUAUCACAAGCCCCGGGCAGCAGUGUGGAGCGUGUAUUUAUUUCACUCGACCCUCUCUUUGCCGGUACCUAGAGGCUAUCGCGGCAGCACUUGUGGCUGCAGCUGGGUUCGUCUCCUGUGUGUGCUAAAUGUUUUCUGUACAGAAAUAAAUAUUUUCCAAAUUGAAA